AUGAUUGGUAGUAUUGUAAGUCAUGCUGCCAUCAUAUACAAUUCUGAACUGCGCUACACAGAAGAUCCCCCACCGGCACUGUUGGACGAUCUUGUUGUAGUGCCUAAGAACUACCAGCAUAUCCUGGCAUUGGUGUUUGGCAUAAAGGAGAUAAAUGAGAACACUCAGAUACUACCCAAUCUCACUCUGGGUUUCAACAUUUAUGACAGCUAUAACAAUGCAGAUAGGACCCAUCAUGCCACAAUGCUACUUUUAUCUGCACAGGAGAGAUUGGUCCCGAACUAUGUGUGUGACAUGCAGAGCAACCCUGUAGCAGUCAUCGGGGGACUCGACUCCCAAAUCUCCCUCCAUGUGGCAGCACUCUUGGAUAUUUAUAAGACUCCACAGCUCGUAUAUGGCGCUGCUCAUAUAAUAAAUGAUAAAACCCCAGGUCUUCCUUUCUACCAGAUGGUCCCUCAGGAAGCCCUUCAGUAUAGGGGGAUUCUUUCACUAUUCCUGCAUUUUCGGUGGACUUGGAUUGGGAUGCUCAUUAUGGAUGAUGAGAAUGGAGAAAAAAUUGUACAAACUCUGGUUCCACAGUUUUCCCAGAAUCAUGUCUGCUUUGCCUUCAUAGAAAAACUUCCCACAUUCAAAUUUAUCACUGAUUUCUCUGCUAUGUUGCAACAAGGAGAAAACAUGUAUAAUCAAAUCAUGAGCAGCAAAGCCAACGCAUUGGUGGUUUAUGGAGAUUCUUACUCCCUGGUCCUUUUGAGAUGGUUACCAUAUCUUUCAAGUAUGAAAAAUGUGUCAGCUGAACCAAGAGGUAUAGUAUGGAUAAUGGCAGCCCAGAUGGAGUUCACAUCAUUGGUCUAUCAACGGAAUUGGGAUGCAAGCAUAUUUGAUGGUGCUCUGUCGUUGACAAUUCACUCUGGUGAUCUACCCAGAUUCAAGGCAUUUCUCCAAGGCAGGAACCCUUCUGGUACAGAAGCAGAUGGAUUUAUCAGGGAUUUUUGGCAACAAGCCUUUGGUUGUAAAUUCACAGAUCAGGUUACAGGAACAGAGGAGGAGACUCCUUGUACAGGUGAUGAGAAGCUGGAGAGCCUUCCAGGGUCCUUCUUUGAAAUGAGCAUGACCGGGCACAGCUACAGUGUUUACAACGCUGUCUAUGCUGUGGCCCAUGCUCUGCAUGCCAUGUCCUCAUCUAAUCUCAAACAGAGAGAAAGAACACGUAGAAGAGAACUUCAGAAUCCAGAUUCCUGGCAGCUCCAUCACUUUCUGAGAAGUAUCUCUUUUAAUAACAGCGCUGGAGACAAGGUUUCCUUUGACCAGAGUGGGUGUCUUAUAACUGGAUUUGAUGUGCUCAAUUGGGUUCUUUCCUCCAAUCAAACUUUCCACCGUGUGAAAGUUGGAAGGGUAGAUCCACAGGAUCCAGAGCAGGCAUUACUGAUCCAUGAUGAGGCUAUAACAUGGCACCUCUGGUUUAACCAGGUCCAGCCUCUUUCUGUGUGUACAGUGAGUUGCCAUCCUGGUACAAGCAAGCAAGUAAAGGAAGGAGAGCCAUUCUGUUGUUACAAUUGCAUUCCAUGCCCAGAAGGGAAGAUUGCAGAGCAUGAAGACAUGGAUGACUGUCAGAAAUGUGAAGACAAAAGCUAUCCAAACAAGGACCAGGACUACUGCAUUCCCAAAACAAUAACCUUCUUGUUUUACAAAGAACCUUUGGGUCUCAGUUUAGCCUUCUUUGGUCUUUUCUCUUCUUUGACCACAGCUCUGGUCUUAGGGUUAUUUGUGAAGCACCACGACACUCCCAUAGUCAUUGCUAACAACCGGAGCCUCACCUACACUCUCCUCAUCUCCCUCCUGCUCUGCUUCCUUUGUGUGUUCCUAUUCAUUGGCCAACCAAAGAAGGUGACAUGUCUCCUCCGGCAGACCACUUUUGGCAUCAUCUUCUCAGUGGCUGUCUCUUGUGUACUGGCAAAAACCAUGACAGUGGUUCUGGCUUUCAUGGCCACCAAGCCAGGGUCCAGAAUGCGGAAGUGGAUGGGGAAAAGGCUGGCCAGCUCCAUCGUUUUUUCCUGCUCCCUUCUUCAAACAGGCAUCUGUACUGUGUGGCUGGCCAUGUAUCCUUCCUACCCAGAUGUCGAUGUUCAUACAGUACCUGAGGAAAUAGUCCAGGAAUGUAACGAGGGCUCUGUGACUAUGUUCUACUGUGUGCUGGGCUACCUGGGCUUCCUGGCAACUGCCAGCUUCAUGGUGGCUUUCUUUGCCAGGAAGCUCCCGGACAGCUUCAAUGAAGCCAAGUUCAUCACCUUCAGCAUGCUGGUCUUUUGCAGUGUUUGGUUAUCCUUUGUUCCAACCUACCUGAGCACCAAAGGAAAACACAUGGUAGCUGUGGAGAUAUUCUCUAUCUUGGCCUCCAGUGCUGGAUUGCUUGGUUGCAUCUUUUCCCCUAAAUGUUACGUUAUUUUAAUAAGACCUGAGCUCAACAGCAGGGAACAGCUUAUCAGAAGGAAAGACUGA